CAACUUUAUUAAUCUUAGUGCUUAUAGGAAUGAGCAAAAGUACGACAGUCCUUUUUAAUGACAAUGAUAGUUUUGCUGAAAACUUUUGGGAGAAUGCCGAAAAAAACGGUAUAAAGAUUCUCCUUGAGAGAAUGAGAGGAGCAAAGCAGACGUGUGAGAGGUUGCGACAUGCAUAUGAAGCAAGGGCUAUGCUUGAAGAAGAGUAUGGUAAAACGAUGUUACAUAUUGCGCAAAAGCAAAAGGUUUCGGAUACAGAAAAUGGCUCCAGCAAAAGAGCCCUUGAUACAGUGCAGAAUGAAUUUUCAAUUAUCGCUGAAAUACAUUUACAGCUGGCAGAUCUACUAAGGAAAAAUGUAGCUGCUCCAUUGAGUGCCUUAAUCAAUAAGCAAAAGGCGAUUAGAAAAGACCUUCAAAAUUCAAUACAAAAACUAUAUAAUGACAGGCAUAUACAAAUUCAGCUUGUUAGAAAGGCCCAUAAGCGACAUAACAUGGAAAUCGAAAAAGCGAAUCUUUUAGUACAGCAGCAAACAACCGAUGAUGAGAAAUUGGCUGUUUAUAAAUCAGCUGAAUUAACGAUAGACAAGCUCAAAAAGGUUUACGAUGAAGCAUUAGGUGGCUUGCAAGAAAUCGUUAAUCAUUGGAACAUUGAAUGGCGGAAGACCUGUGAGGGCUUCGAAAUUCUGGAAAAAGAGAGAUUAGCUUUUAUAAAAUCAAAUUUAAUAGACUGCGCCAAUUUAAUGGUUGGAUGCGCCGAAAAUGAACUUCAGAGUUAUAAAACUAUAAAUGCAGAAGCUUCAAAUAUUGAUUCCACAAAGGACCUUACUGAUUUCGUACAGGGAAAGCGAUCCACAAAUAUCCCUCCCGGUGUCAUGGACUAUGUCAAAAUGUACGCAUAUCAGGAAACCCUAUUUGAUAAAAGAGAGGCUAAAUAUACAAAUAAAGGGCACAGCGAUCAUACGGAAAAGUACGAUCAAAAUAAAGCAGAAGAACUUCCGACAACAUCAGUAGCAAAAAUAGACUCAAUUGAGACUACGCAGUCCUUACAAAAGAAAGAAGGUACACAAUAUAUGGUCGAUGAAACCCCCAAAUUGAGUAGUAACUAUAUGAUGGUUGGCGUGAUGGAAGUCUACUCUGGAGAUGACGACGAAGAUGACGAGGAAUCGGUAUAUACUACAGAAACGGAGUCAGAUGUUGAAGCGGGGCAAGAAAUUGUAAUGGAGGGGACAGAAGAAACUCAUAUCACUCACCUUAUGAGUAGUAAUCAAAAUGACGAUAAGCCUCUGAUACAACAGAUUGUCAAUAAAGAGUCGAGUUUCGAAAACGAACCCAAUCAUAAAAAUGAAAAUACUAAACAACAAAGUAAGGAUAGUAUGAAAAAUUCCUUAACAAUGGACAGCAGGGAUUCAUAUGAGAAAGUCAACGGGCUCAUGACAGCAAACGUCAACAAAUCUAACGAAAACAGCCAGGCAGUGGGAUCCAACGAUAGUGCCGAUUCCCCUAUUGUUGGCGAUAUACAAACCGAUGCGAAUUCACAAACUUCUGAUAAUGACCAUGAACUCAAUCAAGCAAUGAUUAGAACGACUGAUGUUAUCGAUCCAACAGCGAGGUUGGAUAGGCACAGUACAAUAAGCAUAGAUGCUUCGCAAUACAAUAGAAGUUUGCAGUCGUCACCUUCAAGCACUCCACCUCCACUUGUUGAGAAAGAAGUAGGAGGGGAGCCAGAAAGCAUUGAAAGUGAUGACCUAGAUAAUUGUGAUGCUGCUGCAUUUGAGUUAGAUGAUAUGUUGCGUAAAUUGGGAUGCAAGCAAAUCAUUCGCACAGAAGCUGGCGAGUCACCACCAAAGUUGCGCGGCCCCAAACCUUCUGGAACUACAUCCUCACCAUUGCUACAAAAACAAGAGCGACUUCUAAAUAACACGCAGCAGCAACAAACCCUUCACGGCCCGCAAAGAUUGCAAAGUAAAUUCUCUUCUCGCCGCAUGAGCUCGAUAGAAAGCACUCGACCAUUAUCAAAAUACCAUCUCCACACCGACUCUAUAAGAAAUAGUGACGAAAAUACCCUUAAUCUUUACUACCCAUUCAACUCGCUUUCUUCAAAAGAAACAAAUACUUCCAGUACUCGUCGAACAGCUAGUAGUGAUUUGGAAAUUGAAAACCCCACGAAAUCAAAAUCACCUCCCUCAGCACAAACGAUCCAUGACCGUAUGCUUCAUCAAAACAAUACUGAUAGAAAAAGGCUGAGCUACCAGAACGUUUCUUCGUCAUCUUCUGCAGCAUCCUUAGUCGGUUCACAAAAAUAUGCUGAUUCUAAGGAUCGUUACAGCAGUGAGAAAUUCAUUAAGGAUUUCUAUAGCGUAAGUUCAAGAUCAUCCACUAGCCCCAAUAAUAGUUUAUCGUCGAAGCCGAGUGAACUUGAUCAACAUUUUAUUGAUUUUGCAUACGCUCUAUAUGACUACGAAGCUACAGAAGAGGGCGAAAUAAGUUUCAAGGAAGGCGAUCUUCUUGGUAUAAUCUCUAAGAGUGAAGAAGGUGAGCAAGGCUGGUGGGAAGCCAGCUUGCUAAAUAGACGAACUCGUAAAGUUGUAUGCAGUGGUAUCAUUCCCAGCAAUUUUUUAGAAACUAUUUCUAAAUAGGACAUCGAUCAUUGAUUAGUAUCAGCAAUAGCAUUAGUUACCAUUUACAAUCUACAUACGUUAAUACUUAAUAUUAGCUUACUCAAUUGAUCACAUUCUCAUUUUAUUCGAGUAAAUACAAGAAAAAGGCCUCUUUUCUGGUACAAAAUUAAAUACCUUUGGCUCAUGCUAGUUAAUAAGAGAACAUUGAUGAUAUGUUCAGUUUUGCGCUCAUCCCUUCAUAGUACUCGCACGGGG